CCCUCGCAAAAGGCCCCGGCGCCUCUCCCUUAUCUCUCCCUGUGUCCAUCCAUUUCAGCUCCGCAAUCGGUCCAUGAGCCGCUUCCUCCGCCAACUGAAAGACCGCUCGCUCCUCAACCAUGCCGCCACUCUCCUGACCGCUGGGUCGUUCAUCUACUUCGCUUACAGCGCGGCGUUCUCGCGCCUUGGCUUCAUCAUUUCGGCCAACGGCCCGUCGAUGCUCCCCACCCUGAGGGACGGCGGUGACUGGUACAUCGGGGACACCUUCUCCGCUCGGCGCCGCCAAUACAAGCUCGGGGACUUUGUCGCCGUCAUCUCGCCCUAUGAUAAGACUCGGCUCCUUUGUAAGCGCAUCACCGGAAUGCCCGGGGAUGUGGUGGUCCGGGAUCCAGAGUAUCUUGGCGCGGCCACGGUCACGAUCCCGGAGGGGCACAUUUGGGUGACCGGAGACAAUGUCAACGCGUCGGUUGACUCGCGUUUCCUCGGCCCCAUCCCCGAGACCCUCGUUUUCGGUAUCAUUCGGGCGCGGAUCUUUCCUUUCAGCCGAUUCCGCCUCUUCGGGGACCAUAUCAACGACGCGACGGCCAUCCAUCUUCAGACAGUGGGCCACACUCCCAGCACGUCUGGCAAGCUGAUCCUCGACCCGGCCCAAACCGGCGCCAUGCCGGCCCAAAAUGAUCGGUGGACCUUUCGCUGGUUCGGUGACAGCGACAAGUAAGCGCAGACACACUGAGCAUGCUCAAGACCCCUUCCCCCUUGUGAGGCACAUGCGUCCAAGGCCCCCCGGUCGGCUGGCCGAUCGGGCUUGCUACUGGCCUACUCCCUCGUGUCCUGCUCGUAUCUGCCUCCCCCCCCCCCCUCCCCUC